UUGCGCUACCAUGGGUGCGCAAUGUGCACGUGGCUGCCGCUGCGAUUGCGAGCGUCAAUGCACGCGUUUCAUCUCCUUCGUCUUCGGCACGGCCUUCCUUGCUGCAGGUGCAUGGCUCUCGUUCCCAUUCAUGUGGUCCAACCCCUAUUUGGCGGAUCGGCAACUGACAUGUAGUGAGGUCUCAUGGGCAUCUUCCUUUCCCGCCAUCACCGCGAGUUUGUCGUUGUGCUGGUGCUUGGUUUUUUACGGAGCCAGUGAGUCCCCAGUGCCGGCAGCCAUUGCCGGCAGCUGCUUGGCGGUCACGUGCCUGUUCUUCGGUGCCAUUGCCCUGUUGAUCCUCAAUGGAAACUGCGAAGGUGAGGACCAGGAAUACGUGUUGUCCAUCGCUUUGAUGGUUGUGGUGCCCCUGGCGGUGCCAUUUUGUUGCGGUUUCUGUUCGAUGCUCAGCGCGUGCCUCGACAGUUGCGCCCGGGCCAGCGAUGGCGAUGGCGGCACCGGCACAACGGCACGGCCAAGCCGGCGUCGGGUGCCACGGGUGCGCCGGGCGCAGCGGAUGCUGCGAGAGGCCCUGAUUUUGGGCGAUAGCAACGUGGCAGACUUGCUGUUGGACUACAAAGAGCGUCGUUGUCAUUUGCUGUGGCGAAUGUAUCGAUGUGUUUUCAUGACCUUUAUGCGCUGCCAGUUGCGCUGUUCUUGCUGCGCAGGCGUGCCGGAAGACGACCUGCCGAAAUCGCCCGCAUCGCCAGCAUCAGCAGGACAUGCCACCCCCACGUCACGUGUGUCGGUGAGCAGAGCGUCGCUAUUUUUCAGUUAUGAUGAUGAUGAAGCAGGCGAGAUGGCCAUACACUACCUUUGUCGUGGAGAACGCUUCACAAGUGAAGGCGGUACCACGGGCCCAUCUGCUGCGGCCCAGCGAUGUUUGAGCUGGGGCGGACAGAAGCGAACGCUGCCGGAACUCACAGAUGAGCGCCGUGCACGACUUCUACGUGAGCUGGUGAACAGUGGACGACUACCUUUGGGGCAGUUGUACGCUGUGAAUGCCUUCGCACAAACACCUUUGCAUUGUGCUGCGAGUUCCGGAUCCAGUGCAGUUGUGCAGGAGCUCUUGAUCUUUCUGGCCCCAACAGCUCCUGUCGGCGCCCAUGACCUUGAAGACCACGCUCGAGGAGAGAUGCUCAUGGCCGAAGAUGUCAAUGGCGACUCCCCCUGCGAGGCAGCGUUGAGGAAUGGACAAGUGACUUCUGCGAGCAUAUUGGCUGGUGAGUAUGGUCACUGGCAGGGUUUGCUGAAACUCCCCCAGCAGCGUCAAGCGCUGCGGGAAUGCCUCUCUGGAGCAUUGGGUCAAAUGAGCCCGGAACCGCCGCGAGCGGGACAGCAGAAAGCCAAGCUGCUGAUUCAUGAAGAUGCCAAUCAGUUGCUGUCACACUUGGAUCAACAGAUUCGACAACUUCAGAGUCUCUGUGGUCUGAUCUUCGCCAGCGGAAGCGCGCAGCUUGUACCGCGCAAUGCGGCCGAAGCCUUGCUACGGAGCCACGAAUUUGAUGUGCAGGCUGCAGCCGUUGCCUUUCGCAAAUCUCCCAGAGACGCAUUGGAUGCGGCCGGGUUGAAAGGUUUGGACCUUCGCCUGGCCGAUGCCGCAUCGCCCUCAACGAUUCGCUUGGACGAUGCGAACGAUGGCGGAACGAUAAAUGGCCAGCUCCAGGAAGUAGCGCCUUCCCUUUGUAUCGUUUGCUUCGAUGAAGUGGACUUGGCUGAGUCUGCGUGUAAACUCUUUCUCUGCAAACAUGUGGUCUGUGACAACUGUAUGUCCAUGCACAUCAAGGUCCGCCUCGAUGAAGGCGAUGUGACCGGCAUUGCUUGUCCUGAGCCAAACUGUCGCUUACCCAUCAGCGAAGACAUGUUGAAACGCAUCUUUGGUGCUGAAAGUGCUGAGCAAGCCAAAUAUGAACAGCUCAAGACAUUGAAAUUCGUCGAUAUGAGCAAAAAUAUGGCCUGGUGUCCAUCGCCUGGCUGUGGCCGGGUGGUGUCGUACCCCAAUCAGGAACGGAGCGAGAAAAGCAGCACGGCCACCACCGUGGUCUGCACCUGUGGUUGCACCUUUUGCUUCGCCUGUAAGCACCUCACAGGACACGAACCAGCUCCCUGCCAAGCUUUCGCAGACUUUCUGAAAGAUUUGGCGGUGGUUCGGCGGCAGAUGCAAGACGAGACGAACAAGUGGCUGGCCAAAAACUCAAAGACGUGCACAUGUGGUGCAAUCAUCCAAAGAAGCGGUGGCUGCAACCACAUGAUUUGUAGUGUGUGCGGUCGACACUUCUGUUACAUGUGCGGCCAAGACUGGGCUCCCCAUCGCGGUCAACCUGGAGGCUUUGAUUACUAUCAAUGCCGCUUACCGACAUCAGAAGGAAACAUGACAGAAGGCAGCCCGAAGGCUCCCCAGGGAGCCAACAGAGAUGGCAAGUUGUGGAAGCUGCAACGUGAAGCGAUGCCAGGCUGGACAGCCAGCGAGCGCCAGCCCGAACGCUUGAAACUCCUUUUCAGGGCCUUGCUAUCUCUGGCCGAGGAGUUCAACCUGGGAAUCAGCAUCGAAGAGCCACGUGGAGACGGCGAUUCCUCUUUCCUGUCGGCCAUUUCCCAAGAGUCGAGAGGUGGUCGCCAAUCAGCAUGGGAAGCGCUGUUGGCUUGCAUCAAGGCCCGGCGAUGUCUACAGAACUGCUACGUCCUGAAAUACCACUGGGCACCAGAACAAUGGCGCCGCAGUCGCUUGAGGAAUUGGGUGCCCGAGUUAGAAGGCAUAGCUACUUGGCCUGGACUGGGCGACACAAUGUUGAGGCUUCAUCAGCAUCAUAGUAAUAUAUAUAUAUUAAUAUAUAGGAAUAUGUAG